CACAGGAAGAUCACACCAUCCCUCACCAUCAUCAGGGUGAAGAACUAAAAGACAUCAAAGAUGAGAUUAAGGAGGAAGAAGAAGAGAGGUUGGUGAGUGGAGAUCAGCAGUCUAUGGAGGAGGGUUGUCCUCUGGAUUCCCACAAUUCUACACAGGAAGAUCUCCAAUAUACAGAGAAUGGGAGAUCAAGAGAUCAGAAUGAAGAACGGAAAGAUAUCAAAGUUGAGGAUAAAGAGGAAGAAGAAGAGAGGUUGGUGAGUGGAGAUCAGCAGUCUAUGGAGGAGGGGGAGAUAAUUAAGGAAAGUAAACAGGAGAAAUCUUCUCUACAUAUGGACACAACAGAUGACCAUAAUGUCCGGAAUACGUCUGAGGAAUCUUCUGAUAAAUCACAUACCAGGACUCUAAGAUCUCACAGUAGAAAUACUUUAAUAGAUCCGUCUAUUCCCGAGGAAUCUUCUUCAGAGCAGGAAGGAGAUCACACAGAAGAGAGGUCAUUGUCAUGUUCAGUGUGUGGGAAACUUUUCACAAAAAAGAGAGACCUUCUUAGACACAAGAAAUGUCACACUGCUGAGCGUCCUUAUUCAUGUUCAGAGUGCGGGAAAUGUUUAACUAGCAAACGAAACCUUCAUAUACAUAAGAGAAUUCACACAGGUGCAUGUCCCUUUCCAUGCUCAGUAUGUGGGAAAUGUUUCACUACCAAACAAAGUCUUCUUAGACACCAGAACAGUCACACAGGUGAGCGUCCCUAUUCAUGCUCAGAAUGCGGGAAAUCUUUCACGUUGAAAGGAUACCUUGUGGAUCACCAAAGAGUUCACACAGGUGACUGUCCUUAUUCAUGUUCAGAGUGCGGGAAAUCUUUCUCACAGAAAGGACACCUUGUGCCGCACCAGAGAAUUCACACAGGUGAGCGUUCCUAUUCGUGUUCAGAGUGCGGGAAGUGUUACACUAGCAAACAAAACCUUCAUAUACAUCAGAGAAUUCACACAGGUGUACGUCCCUUUCCAUGCUCAGUAUGUGGGAAAUGUUUCACGGCAAAAAAAAGUCUUCUUAGACACCAGAACAGUCACACAGGUGAGCGUCCAUAUUCAUGCUCAGAAUGCGGGAAAUCUUUCACGUUGAAAGGAAACCUUGUGGAUCACCAAAGAGUUCACACGGGUGAGUGUCCUUAUUCAUGUUCAGAGUGCGGGAAAUCUUUCACGUUGAAAGGACACCUUGUGCAGCACCAGAGAAUUCACACGGGUGAGCGUCCUUAUUCAUGUUCAGAGUGCGGGAAAUCUUUCUCACAGAAAGGACCCCUUGUGCAGCACCAGAGAGUUCACACGGGUGAGCGUCCUUAUUCAUGUUCAGAGUGCAGGAAAUCUUUCAAGUCGAAGGGAGAACUUGUGAACCACCAGAGAAUUCACACAGGUGAGCAUCCUUAUUCAUGUUCAGAGUGCGGGAAAUCUUUCUCACGGAAAGGACCCCUUGUGUAUCACCAGAGAAUUCACACGGGUGAGCGUCCUUAUUCAUGUUCAGAGUGCGGGAAAUCUUUCACGUCGAAAAAAAACCUUUUGCUACAUCAGAGAGCUCACAUGAGAGAUCAUCAGUCUAUGGAGGAGGGUUGUCCUCUGGAUUCCCACAAUUCUACACAGGAAGAUCUCCAAUAUACAGAGAAUGGGAGAUCAAGAGAUCAGACUGAAGAACGGAAAGAUAUCAAAGUUGAGGAUAAAGAAGAAGAAGAGAGGUUGGUGAGUGGAGAUCAGCAGUCUAUGGAGGAGGGGGAGAUGAUUACGGAAAGUAAACAGGAGAAAUCUUCUCUACAUAUGGACGCAACAGAUGACCAUAAUGUCCGGAAUACGUCUGAGGAAUCUUCUGAUAAAUCACAUACCAGGACUCUAAGAUCUCACAGUAGAAAUACUUUAAUAGAUCCGUCUAUUCCCGAGGAAUCUUCUUCAGGGCAGGAAGGAGAUCACACAGAAGAGAGUUCAUUGUCAUGUUCAGUGUGUGGGAAACUUUUCACAAAAAAGAGAAACCUUCUUAGACACAAGAAAUGUCACACUGCUGGGCGUCCCUAUUCAUGUUCAGAGUGCGGGAAGUGUUACACUAGAAAACAAUACCUUCAUAUACAUAAGAGAAUUCAUACAGGUGUAAGUCCCUUUCCAUGCUCAGUAUGUAGGAAAUGUUUCACUACCAAACAACAUCUACUUACACACCAGUACAGUCACACAGGUGAGCGUCCCUAUUCAUGCUCAGAAUGCGGGAAAUCAUUCACGUUGAAAGGAAAUCUUGUGGAUCACCAAAGAGUUCACACAGGUGAGCGUCCUUUUUCUUGUUCAGAGUGUGGGAAAUCUUUCCCACAGAAAGGACACCUUGUGCAGCACCAGAGAAUUCACACGGGUGAGCGUCCCUAUUCAUGUUCAGAGUGCGGGAAGUGUUACACUAGCAAAAAAAACCUUCAUAUACAUCAGAGAAUUCACACAGGUGAGCGUCCAUUUCCAUGCUCAGUAUGUGGGAAAUGUUUCACUACCAAACAAAGUCUUCUUACACACCAGAACAGUCACACAGGUGAGCGUCCUUAUUCAUGUUCAGAGUGCGGGAAAUCUUUCUCACAGAUAGGACAUCUUGUGCAGCACCAGAGAAUUCACACGGGUGAGCAUCCUUAUUCAUGUUCAGAGUGCGGGAAAUCUUUCUCACAGAAAGGACCCCUUGUGUACCACCAGAGAGUUCACACAGGUGAGCGUCCUUAUUCAUGUUCAGAGUGCGGGAAAUCUUUCACGACGAAUGGAAACCUUGUGCACCAUCAGAGAAUUCACACAGGUGAGCGUCCUUAUUCAUGUUCAGAGUGCGGGAAAUCUUUCAAGUCGAACGAAAACCUUGUGCACCACCAGAGAAUUCACACAGGUGAGCGUCCUUAUUCAUGUUCAGAGUGCGGGAAAUCUUUCUCACAGAAAGGACCCCUUGUAAAUCACCAGAGAAUUCACAAGGGUGAGCGUCCCUAUUCAUGUUCAGAGUGCGGGAAAUCUUUCACGACGAAUGGAAACCUUGUGCAACACCAGAAAUGUCACACUGCUGAGCGUCCCUAUUCAUGUUCAGAGUGCGGCAAAUGUUACACUAGCAAACAAAGCCUUCUUACACACCGGUACAGUCACACGGGUGAGCAUCCCUUCUCAUGUUCAGAGUGUGGGAAAUCUUUUGGGUCGAAAGGAUACCUUGUUAGACACCAGAGAGUUCACACAGGUGAGCGUCCUUAUUCAUGUUCAGAGUGUGGGAAAUCUUUCAAGUCGAAAGGACCCCUUGUGGAUCACCAGAGAGUUCACACAGGUGAGCGUCCUUAUUCAUGUUCAGAAUGUGGGAAAUCUUUCAAGUCGAAAGGACCCCUUGUGGAUCACCAGAGAGUUCACACAGGUGAGCGUCCUUAUUCAUGUUCAGAGUGCGGGAAAUCAUUCACUACAAAUAGACAGCUUGUUAGACACCAGAGAAUUCACACAGGUGAGCGUCCUUAUUCAUGUUCAGAGUGUGGGAAAUCUUUCAGGGCGAAUGGACCCCUUGUGUAUCACCAGAGAGUUCACACAGGUGAGCGUCCUUUUUCAUGUUCAGAGUGUGGGAAAUCUUUCAGGGCGAAUGGAUACCUUGUGGUUCACCAGAGAGCUCACAUAGGUGAGCGUCCUUAUUCAUGUUCAGAGUGCGGGAAAUCUUUCAAGUUGAAAGGACCCCUUGUGUAUCACCAGAGAGUUCACACAGGUGAGCGUCCUUAUUCAUGUUCAGAGUGUGGGAAAUCUUUCACGACCAAAGGAAACCUUGUGGAUCACCAGAGAGUUCACACAGGUGAGCGUCCUUAUUCAUGUUCAGAGUGCGGGAAAUCUUUCUCACAGAAAGGACCCCUUGUAAAUCACCAGAGAAUUCAUAAGGGUGAGCGUCCUUAUUCAUGUUCAGAAUGCGGGAAAUCUUUCACUCAGAAAGGAAGCCUUGUGUAUCACCAGAGAACUCACAUGUAAUAACAAUCUUUCUCAUGAUAACAGUGGUGUGUUGGGGGUGGGGCGGAAUAUAUUGAAUGUUUUUCAGGUUCGGUUUGAUAGAUCUGAGUCUGCAGGGAUUGAAUUCUAGUAAUAUGAUCCUCUAAACAUACAGAGAUGACUCGGUCCCGCACUCACACAGACCGCACCAUACAGCUAAACUGUGCUAAUACAUGGCCAGAUAUGACAAUACAUUGACAACACUUCUUAUUGGUUGAUGUCGGUUUCUGUACAUUAUUGUUCUUUUCAUGUUUUAUUUUUAGAAGCCGGCUUGUCAUUGGUCCAACAAAUAUUUAAUUUUUUUGUUUAUUAUCUUCAAUUAUAAAGAUUUAGAUUCUUACUUUUUAUUGUUUGUUAACCACUUGAAGACCCCAAUGUUAAAUCCCAUUCCUUUCAAGGCCAUUUUAUAGUUUUCGGCACCAUGAUACUUUGACUGACAAUUACUCGGUCAUCCAACACUGUACCCAAAUGCCAAAUUAAUUUUAUAUCAGAGACUUGUAAAGCUUUCUUUUAGUUGUGUUCCCCUUCACCACUUUUUCUAUACAAUAUAAUGAAAAAAGGACUGAAAGGUUUGAAUAAAAAGCAUUUUUCUUAGUUAUUCUUAUAAAUAAUUGCAAAUAAAUAAUCUUUCUUCAUAAA